AUGGCUUUGCACGUGAUCAUAGGUGUGGCUCACGGAGUGAGUAGCUCCAAAUAUAUUAUAAUGAUCGACAAUUUUAUUAUAUCAAAAGACGAUGGUGUCGAAUUAUCCGAAGAUUAUAAUUAUUCUGAAAGGCACACAAGUUUAGACUCGGCACUUCUUAUAACCGGCGAUUCCAAACGAGACCAUGGCUUUGCACGUUUCCGACUCCAUCCCAACAGCGAAAAACUAGGAAUUAUUAAAGUUUUCUUGUGA